UCGCACGGCAAAUGAUCAGAGAAAAUUUGAAUCACUUUUUCAUUAAUUUAAAACGAUUUUCACAUUAAAUAAACGGCGAUCGGUGUAAAUUUGGUAUCUAAACUUGUGAUAUUUCAUAAAAGUGAAGUGAUUUAUCGAAAAGAAAAUAGUAAAUUCAGUGAAAAUAGUGCGGGGCACAUAGGCGAUAAGCAAAUUGGAGGAACAAAUUUAAUCGUGAAUAAAUUAACAAAUCGAUGUUAAUUCGACAAUAAUCGUUAAUUUUUCGUGCAGAAGUAUUAAAUUUACAAAAUCGGUGAAAAAUUGUUAGGCGGUGCUUUUAAUAAUUAGAAAUAGGGUUAUAAUAGAACGAAUUUUAGUUGAAAAAUUAUAAUGCAGAUGGCGCCUUUUUACAGGGGGCAAUCGGCAAUAAACAAAGAAAUGUCUAUAUAGAAAAACGGUUAAAAAUUUGAAAUAAAAAAAAGUAGUGCAACAAUCGUGUUAAAGAAACAUAACCAUUAAAAAAAAAAAAAAAAUUGCGAAUCAUUGAGUUGAUUAUUGAUGAUGGAAGGGAAUUUUUUAAUGUAUUUUCAAGUAACUAAUAAAAGAAAAACCACACGAUUUAAAAAAAUUCGAGUGCGAGGUCAUCGACAAAAUGGGUGUGUUCACAUCAAGGGCGUUACUUUAGGGGAGGAGUUACGUUAUUGAGAAGGGACAAUCGCUCCAGAACAAAGAGUUUUAAGAGUGGGGGGAAGCUGCACGGAGCUCGCAUGAUGGCAAUUCUCUGCAGUUACAAAAUAGACGUCGGACGGUGAAUAUGUUACACGAGUUUUUUUCUUUGUGGGAAAAAAAAAAAAAAUUUACUCUGAAAUUCUUAAACGAAAGUGGUUAAUUUUUUGAGUUCUUAGUAAGCUGUGAAUGUAAUUUAAUCACACAACAAUUUUAAUAGUAAAGAAAAAAGUGAUUCAAGUGUAGUGAACGACUAUUUGUAUCCGACGGUAAGCGUCUUUUGGAUGACGAGUGGACAAUUAUUGGUGACAAUUUCAUUUAACGUGUGAAACAAGUGUUAAACUGAUAGGAACAAUUGUUGUCUUUUUUUUGUGAAUUAUAGUUAUAAAAGUGGUGAUCGAUCGCGUCCCUGGGAACUGAGGUCGAAUCUCGAUCCAGCUUUAAAAGCUGGCUCGCCGACCCGGCCAUCCGUAUUAAAGGGAAACUCUUAUAAGCUCGAACGUUUUCAAAUCGUUGAUAGAUUUUUUUUUUCUAAAUUCGCCAAUUAUAACAUAACCUCAAAAAUUAUCGAAAGAACUCGGCGGUGAGGAGUGAUUUUUUUCGUUUUAGAUUGUCAGCGACGGCAACUGGAAGAAUAAUUCUAUUUCGAUAUGCGUAGUUUCUCAAAAGAUUUGACAACUUUAAGAAUGAAAUUUUCCAUGUAGCUUAUAUUAAAAGUGUAUAAAAAGAAAGGAGCGAAAAUGUGAACAAUGUAGAACUAUAAUUUGAGCUUGGGCUCGAAGAUAAAAAGUGUUGUUUUUUUUUACGUUGAGAUCGUCAUCUUUUUUUUUAUAAUUAUUUUUCUUAUUACAAUUAUAAAAAAUUCGGGCAAAAAAUUAAAUUCUGUGACAGUUGGUGAAUAAAGUGUUUCUAUUUAAAAAAAAGAAGAAUACAGGGAUGUGAGAGUGUACUUUAAACGCAGUGCCGUUCGCAAAGUUCGAUACAGGUGUUGCAUUGUUUUGUCUGGGAUAUGCCCUUGAGGGGAUAGUUUUUUUUGUUUCUCUUUUGGAGAAUGGACCCCAAGCUCGGGAUGAAGCAUCUCCAGGGGUUGUCCGUCUAGUCAUCACAGUGGAGUUCUGCUUGAUCGCAGCCUCGGGGGGGUGUGGUCCAAUGUUGGUCCCUCCCGUGGCCCAAGGUGGGACAGGCAGUCGUCCCGUGGGGGACACAGGGGUUUCAAGGGGACAGCAGUCAUCGGCAGGAACCACGGCUUUAUGGCCCCUUGCACCUGCGCAGUCUAAUCAACCACCUAGCCAACAAUCACAUGCUACACCACCACUUGCUGCCACCCCUGCACCGGCUCAUAAUCAAGGUGUGAACCGCUACGGGUUGUAUUCGUUAUUCCCUGGGGGUGGCGGGGGAAGUUACGUCGCAGCCACCCCGGCCACCCCAGGACCACCAACUCCAGCGACAGCUCGAGCUUAUCACGCAACGACUCACAAGGUUUCAGAGAGCGUGUUCUCGGCGGCAGUGGGGGUGGGUGUGGGUGGCUACACCUGGGGUGCUCCCACACCGCCUCCUGGUUCACCCUACAGUCCCGUUCCCGUGACUCAGCUCGAGCUACUUGCCAAAAAUUUGGCUAAUCUUGCUGCGCCAACUGGACAACAGGCACUCAGCCUCCAAGGAGUUGGAGCCGUUAAUGUUGGAAGUCUGCAUCAUGCUCAACACACACAGCACACGCAACACACACUAAAUCUCACCGGACUACAUCAUCUUCAUCACGGUGGACUUCAUCAAAGUACAUUUUCACCUCAAUUGUCAUUAGUGACUGGAAAUCCGCCAACAUUAACAAUCAACAGUUUCUCAUCGCCAAAUUCAACGGGAGUACCAACAACAACGGGUGUUCUCUUGCAGGAGUAUCAAUCGCCAACUGGUUCCUCAAUAUGUUCGCCAUCAUUGAAUUCGCCAACGUGUCCAAACAGUACCAACAGUCAUUUGAGCAGUAUCAAUACAACAAUGGUUAUGCAAGGGGCACAAACCAAUAAUAAUAAUAAUAAUAACAAUAAUUUCCUUCAAGGAACAACGAAAAAACGCGAGGCUUUCCUACCAACGCAAGGACAACCUGUUAAAUUGGAGAAUAAAACUAAACAAUCGUGCUACUGCAAAAACACUAAUGGCAAAACAAAAAUGGUUCACUCUGACGCGGGAUGCAGUAGAACUCUGCCAGUUGUAUCAUCGUGGAAUGGACAGGAUAUUUCAUCUAUAAAUGUCACUGAUAGCUCCAAUUUGAACAGUUUAGUAAAAAGAGAACCCUUGGCUUCCGUUCCUUGUCAAGUUGCCGAGGUAUCGACUUCUCUUCAUGCAACAACGACGGCUGUGAAAAUUGAACCUGUGCCACCAAAAUCUGAAAAUGGAAUAGUACUUUCUAAUACAGGUGCAGGUGGUAUACCUGUUGGUAUUGCACUAGCGAGACAAAGACUGCAGCAUCAGGAAACGUCCACGUCAUCAAUGCGUAACGUCUCUCUGAGUCAUCAUACUUCUCAUCAUGCGAGUUAUCAUCACUUCCAACCUGACAAUUUUGGUUCAACCACGGCCAUGGCAAUGGGAGGAACAACGUUGGUGCAUUGCGGCCCUGGAGGGGAGGAUCGUACCUCCCAUUUGGCUAUUCCCACUGGAGGCGGAUUACCGCCCUCUUUAAACGCCGCCCUCAAUUCAAGUUUGAAUUCCAACUUGGGAAGCAUUGGUGCAGCAGCGGCAACUGCCGCUUCUUGGCCCCCAACGCUGUGGCAAUAUCCAGCCGCUGCCGCCGCCGCUGCUGCUGCUGCUGCCGCCGCAGCAAUGCCAAUGGAACCAGUUGGAUUUCCACAAGUUGGAGUUGGUUUACAAUUAGUUAGAGAUCCAACAACGGGACAUCUUCUACUUAUACAUUCUGCUGAACAAAUGCAACAGGCGGUUGUAUGGCCAAAUUAUCAAAAUCACAGUAACAAUAAUGUGGGACCACCUCCGCUACUUCUUCCACCACCACCGCCACCUUCUUUGCAACUUCUUGGCGAUAUUAAUGGAACACGAUUAGUUCUUGCUGACAACAAGAGAAAGCAACAAUCCAGUCUUCCAAUUGUCAAAAUUGAAGCUGAUUGUGGAAACAGUCCAACUGCCAUUAUCAGUUCUAGCGCCGACUCUUAUCUACUUGUAGCAUCGACCGAAUCAUCAAAGCAACUGCAGACAGUAUCAUCGAUGACGGGUGCAUUAGUUCCGGAUACUCCCUUGGUUACGACUCUACAUUAUUAUCCUCAUACACCAGCUUUAGUACAAAUAAAUCAAACAGAACCCACACACUGCAGAUCUCAGCGAAAUGCAUUUCUUUCGAAGGCAACAUCACCGGUUUCCUGUUUAACACCACCGCCGGAAAUAUCGAUCCACGCAAUCGAUGCACCGGAAAUAAUGCCCGUUGGCGUUCAGGACGCCUCAAAUCAAACUGAAGCCUCCGAAAUUGAUGAGGAUCUACCAUUGAUUGAACCAAUUGUUAAACAAGAACAAACAAUAAAUAAUUCAUCAUGUCAAUUACAAACAACGACAAAUCUUACAAAUUUUGAAAUUGUCUCAUCAACCCCGGAGAAAAUUUGCAAUGUCGUAAGAAUAACAACAACAAGUGUUAAUUUGGGAAAAGUUGAUAAGGCUGAAAAUACAAUUAUUAAUAUGGCUGAUUGUACAAAAUAUUCAAUUGCACGCGAUGGUAGAACUGUAACUUCAAUUGAUAGAACAAUUGAACAUGUUAUUAAUUGUCAUGAGGAACGUAGAGAAUUUAUUGAGACCAGUGAUCCAGAGAGACGAAUUGAAAAUGAUGAUGAACGAAUUAGAAAUGGUCCAAGAAUUAUUGAAAUUACCGAGGAAAAUUGUGAUAGCUUUCAUGAGAAUUUGGAAUUUUUCAGCCGAAGAAGGGAUCGAAAAUCAUAUAAUGCCGAAGAUCUCAUUGAUCAACAAAAAGAAAACGAACCCGUUGAACAGCCAAAUUUAAAAAUCGUUGAAGAAUCCCAAAAGGAGAGAAAUUUAGAACUUGAUACUUGCAAUGAUUUAUUAUUAGAUUCAAGAGAAGAAAAAAUCGAAAGUCAAACUCAAAUAAAGUCCUUUGAUAUGCCGUCAAUUGACGACGAUCACGAGGAAAUUAAUCUAAAACAAGAGAAGGAGACAAAAUCAAUUGAUCCCAUUAAAAUAACACCGGAAAAAAUUAAAAAACAAAUACAUCAAGAAAAAUUUCAUCCAGGUAUUGAAAAUGUCGUUGAAAAAUUAAAAAAACACGCAGAAGCCAUUUUACAUGAUAACGAAGUGAAAACAAAAGAAUUGGAAACAAAAAGUUGUGAGACUGGAAAAUUACAAAAUCGAUUGAAAAAACUUAUAUUAAAAUCAUGUGAAUCUUCUUAUGAAAAAAUUGAUUCUUCACAUUCAUCAGAAACUGAAAACAAUAAUAAUAAUAAUAAUAAAAAUAAUAAUAAAGAAAUUAACAAUGAAGACGAAGAAGAAGAAAAGAAAUUUGUUUUUACAACUUCUGAUAAUGAUGAUGAGAAAAAUUUGAAAAAAGAUAAAAUAAAUGUCGAUUUAAGUGGAUUGGAAUUAUUAUCAAAUAGUAUUGAACAACUUGAACAUUUAAAACCAGAAAAUAUUGUCAUUGAAUCAGAAAAAUCGCCAACAAAAUUAAAAACAAUAUCAACACAGCAUAAUGAAAAUAAUAAUAAUGUUGAUAGUCCAUUGGGUUUAUUGUGUGCACUUGCCGAACAAAGAUUUAUGGAAGAGGUUGCUGAGCCAAAAAAAUUUGAUAAUUCUGAAGAAUUAUCACAAGCUGGACAAUUAUUAUUGAAUCUUGGUAAAGAUUUUACAAUGAAAAAUGAAAAUUUAAUGGGUGAAAAAAGAAAAUAUUCAAAUAAUGACGAUUACAAGGGUUUAAAACGAUUAAAAACUUAUGCUUCGCGUCAUGAAGAAAUUGCUUUUCAACAAAAGGAGAAUGCAAAACGUAAUAUUGAUUUUUCGAAAAUUCAUGACACAAAUUUGGUGAGAAAAUUAAAUGACGAUGUGGAAAAUGAAGAAGAAGAGGAAGAAGAGGAAGAGGAAGAAGAAAAUGAAGAGGAAGAAGAAAAUGAAGAGGAAGAUGAGGAAGAAGAUGAUGAUCAUGAUGAAGAGAAGAAAAAUAAUCAUCAGAUUGCUGAAUUUAAUCAUCAUCAGUAUAGUACACUUGAGGCGAAAAUGGAAACAAAAAAAUUCCUUCGUAGAAAAAGUCACGCGGAUAAUGAAGUUGAUUUUCCGAAUAUGGAUGCAAUGGAAUUGGAUAUGAGAGUUCGAAUGGCGGAUAUUCAAAGGCAAUACAGAGAAAAGCAAAUGGAAUUAUCGAAGCUUACGCCGAAAAAAGAGGAUAAAAAGUCAUUCAUUAGGGGAAGAAAGAAGAGUCAGUCUUCCUGUUCGGAGGGUGGAAUAAUGUCUCCCACAAGACAUGUGGAUCAUUUGGAAACAUUGGCAAAAUCUCCUUUGCAUUCAAUUGAAGACACAUCGUUAGUGACUCAAGAUGUGCUGACAAAAUGUAACGCAAAUUUGAAAAAAAUUAAUGAACCUCGAAGUCAUAUUAAAUUAUUGGAUAAUAUACCAAGUAUUCCACUUGCAGUAACACCUGUGGAUUCUCCAAUUACAACACUUUCAACGGCAAAUACUGUCCAAGAGGACGAGGAUAAUAGAUCAACUGUAAGUUGCGAGACACCUUCACCAGUUUCAACAACAACAAGUUCAGGUUCAGCUUCGAAAAAACGUAAAGUUGGUCGUCCAAGAAAGUUAAUGUGCACUUUGGGAAGUUCAAGGCAUUUUACUGAAACAAUUGUUGCCAAAAAGCCAAAAAAUAAAAAUUCUCUUGUUGGUUAUUUGCUGAAUGCAAAAAAUCGUCAUCUUCAAAGCAAGUUUGUGGGAAAAACAGGCUACACGCCACUUCCCUUUAAAUCUGGUCUCGCAUCGUCAAAAUCAAAUGGCAAAAGUCAAAAAGCCAUGAAGCCAAAAGUAAAACCAGCAAAGCAGACUCCACUUCAUAAUAAGAACGUAAUUAGUUCAAUUAUUGCUGAAAAGGCAAAGCUGAGUCAGGUUUCAAAGUUGGAGAAACAGGGAGGUAAAGUAAAACCAAAAUUAAAAGCCGAGGCAAAACUAAAAACUUGGGAGGAUGAAGAGAGCGCCGAUUGGAGCGGAAUUGAUAAUUUACAAAUAAUAAACGUUCCGGAAAUUUCAAAGGAUUCAGAGGAAAUUGUCGAGGAAAAAGAAGAGAAAGAAGAAAAAGAAGAAAAAGAAGACGAAGAAGAAGAAGGAGAUGAAGAAAAAAUUGAUAAAUUAAAGAAGAAAAAACGAAAAUCAAGUUCAUCAUCGCCAAAUAGACGAAAGUCAAUUGAGAAAAAAGAUGCUAAACGACGUAAAUCAAAUGAUUGUAAAGAAUGCAGAGAAUGUGUAAAAGCAGCAAAAGCCGAAAGAAAUGAGAAUAUUGUAAAUAAAUGUAAACUGACAUCGGCACAUCUUGCAAUUGAUCAAUUGAGAGUUCUUACAGCAAUGGGAGGACUUUUUUAUGCUGGUCGUUUAAGUGCAGUACAAGCUCCUGACAUUUAUGCAAUAACUCUCGAUGGUGAGAGAGGAAAUCGACCUCAUAUUCAUUCACAAGAAGAAAUUCUCCGCGAUGCUAUCGUGGAAGUUUGUCCUUCGUCAACAAAAGAAUUGCCACCGGGAACAAGACUUUGCGCCUAUUGGAGUCAACAAUACAGAUGUCUUUAUCCUGGCACAUCAGUGGAACCAACUGAACCUGAUCCUGAUUUAGAUGAAAAAUUCGUGAGUGUUGAAUUUGAUGAUGGCGAUAGUGGAAGAAUUGCUCUCGAUGAUAUUAGACUAUUGCAACCUGAUUAUCCUGUUGUUGAAUACGAUCCAAAUCCUCUAUUAACUUUGGGUAAACGUCGAAGACAGACGUCACUUUCAACGGAGGAGAAACGUCUUUCAACAUCGUCACAGGGAAAUUCGUCACAUUCAUCAAUAGGUAAUUCUUCAUUUUCAUCAUUGUCUUCCGAGGAUAAAAUAAUGGAGCAAAAAAAUCAUGAUGAGACAAAUGUCAUUGCAACUGAUGAUUAUUGGGAACGAAAGAGAAUGAAGAAACGAAGACGUGAUAAAUUGAAGAGACUUCAGGAAAGUCAAGAGGGCAAAAAGAAACACAAGAGACACAAAUGUUGCGAGGAACAUCGUAAACAUAAGCACAGAAAACAUAGAAAGCAUAAACAUAAGCACAGUCAUCACAGUAACAGCGAAGCCAGUCAUAAUAGUGGAGGAGAAAGUUGUUCUGGACAAAAGAGCGAGGAAGAAUUACCGAUUAAUAUAAAUUCACAAGUUGAGAAAGAGGAAGAGAAAGAAAAAGAAAAAGAAAAAGAGAAAUAUAUUUGGAGAAUUGAGGAGAGUAAAAUUCAAAUUUCUGAUGUGGCAAUUGAUAAUAAUGAUGAUGAGGAAAAUAAAAUUGAAAAACAAAAGAAAAUUGAAAAGAAAGCAAAACCAAGAGAAAGACAAGAAUCAGUUGAGAGUCGUAGUAAAAUGGCUGCAUUUUUACCAGCGCGACAACUAUGGGGAUGGGCUGGUAAAGGUUAUAGACGACCUGGGGCAAAGGGACGUGCUAAGAAACAAUUUUUCAAGGCAAUUCAAAGAGGCAGUGAAACUAUACAAAUUGGUGACAGUGCAGUAUUUCUUUCAACAGGACGACCCGAUCGUCCCUAUAUUGGCAGGAUAGAAUCCAUGUGGGAAACAUCGAGUUCGAAUAUGAUUGUCAAGGUUAAAUGGUUUUAUCAUCCUGAGGAAACGGUUGGUUGUCCAUCAAAUUUAAAAUAUCCAGGCGCAUUAUUUGAAUCGCCGCACAUGGAUGAAAAUGAUGUGCAGACAAUAUCACAUAAAUGUGAAGUGCUUCCACUUCCGGAUUAUACUGAAAAAUUAGGUAAAGAGCCACACAGAUAUUUGACAAUUUACGAUAACAACGACAUUUAUUAUUUGGCUGGAUAUUAUGAUCCAACAACUUACUUAUUGACUCUACAACCUGGUGUUGUUUGAGAUCAGCUUAAGCUGACGAUUAAGUUAACAGGCGUUACUUAAAAAAAAAUAUCGUCAGCGAAAAUGGAUUUAAAACAAAGAAAAUUGUACGAAAUCUACGAAUCAUUAAUUAUGAUCGCUGGUCGAGUUUUUCUUUGUGGUUUUACAAAGAAUGUAAACCACAAGAAGUGUUUUUUGGUAGAUUUUGGCCCUGGAUGGUUGAGAUAAGCUUUUUUUUUAUUGCUGGCAAAAAACUGAAAUAUAUGACAAAAUUUAAUUUUUGAAAAAAACAAUGUUCAACAAAUGAAGAACAUAAAAAUAUCAAUUUUUAUUUUUUUUCGUUCUCUUUUUUUUUUGUUGAUUCUUCUAUAUUUGUCAAAUAUUUCAAUUUUUUUUUUUCGAAUGAGAAACUUGUUAGCGAGGAUAAGAUGCAAUAACAAUGUGAGUGGCAUUAACGAGUUAAAGUUCGUCGAUAUCGAACUUGAUAUUUGUAAAUAGUGUACAUAAAAAAUAGUUUCUGAGAUGUAAUUUUAAGAGAAAAAAAAACAAGGCGAAAAAAUAUUAAUAAGUUGAACCUUGUGAAAUAAUGGUAUCGAAAGAGGGAUAAUUUUUUUUUGUUUUUGACUUUUUAAGCGAAGAAAAAAAUUUUCAAUCUUAAAAAGUCAAUAAUUAAGAAGCAUAAAGACAUGUUUUUGAUUCCAUUAAAAAAGAAUGAAUGAACGAAAAAAAAAAAAAACUGAAAAAGUUUUUUGGAUACCAGAUUAUUGGUGCUAUAUAAUUUUUUUUUCUCGCAGUACAUUUUUAUUAUUCAUAAAAAAAAAUGUACUUUUUUUCAAUUAAAUUCGCUAAAAUUCGUUUCUCUUUUAAAAACUCAAAACGGGUAAUGAAAAAAAAAAAACAAACCCGACUGUGCAAAAUAUUAGGAUUAAGGAUUUUUUAAGAAAUCAUUUUUUAUAUUCUGCUGAUGACUCAUCGUGCAAGUGACUUGCGACAAAACUAAAAAUUCUUAAACAAUUUACAUGCUUAUUAGUAGGCCCCAAUCUUUAUUAAGCAUUGUGUUUGUGAACGCUUGUUACCCUCGGUUAAGUAGUUUUUCUUUUUUCCUAUAUAUAUAUAUAAUAGAGACUUUGCAGGCCUUGGGUGAUAAAAAAAAUAUUUUUUUAUUUACGAUAAUUCAGAAUUUUCUAUUCCGAUAUAUUUUUAGUUUUUUCAAAGUAUUUUAUUUUCUUUAAAUUUUUCUAUAUUUUAUUUUUUCUUAAAUAUUUUUGAUCGCUUUUCUCUAUUUUUUAUACUUUUUAAUAAUCAGAUUAAAAAAAUCUGUGUGGAAAAAAUAAAUAUUUGAUAUACAAAUUUUAAGAGUUAAAUGUUAAUGUAUUAAACUUUUAAUGUUUAUUAAAUGUUUAACUGUAACUUUUCCUAAUUAAAUGUUUAACUGUGACGAUUUAAAUUUAUCAAAAACGAAAAAUUGAUUUAAAAUUUUAAUUUAAUUUAUAAAAUUCCUUUUUUUCUUCUAAUUUUUUAAAAACACCCAAAAGAAAUAAUAAAGGCUGCGCUUUUUUUUAAGCGACAAGGUCUAAUAUACGAUUUUAGUACAAAAACACACAAUAAAAGAAAAAAAAAAAAAAUCUCGCGAAUUUCAUUUAUGCGAGGAAAACUGUGGCUAAGCGAGUGAGAGUUGUAAAGAAAGAUCGUGGCAAUUGAGUUAGUGCAAUUUAAACAGGAGGUGUACUUAGUGGUUACUUAUUAAGGACAGUAUUUCCUAUACUCGUACAUAUAUAUUUACAAUUCUGUAUUUGAAAAUUAAAAAAAAAAGAAAUUUAAUACUAUUUGGAAAAAAAUACACAGUACUGUAAUAAUAUUUAUAAGUAUAGGAAUUUCUUCUGUACAUAGGAGUUACAUUCUUUACUCAGUUGUGUAUUUUUUAAAAUACAAACCGUGUAAGAAAAAAAAAAAUGUGACUAAAAAGCAUUUUUCUUUUGACUUUUACUAUUCGUCCGUGCGAAGUCUGUUAGAUUAGAAAAUAAUAAUUCAAUCAUUGCAAGAUUUAAAAAAAAAGAAUUAUUAAUCAUAAAAUAGUAUUUUUCCAUUUAAAAAGAAAAGAAAAAAAAAAUUUAUGUAGCUUAAAGGAGAGAAAAAAAAGAGGCAAAUAGAAUUACCAUUUAAAAAAAAAAAAAUUGUACGUUCGUCCAGGGUGUGCUUUCUAGAUACUCUCAUUGGCUUAUAUUAUUAUAAAUAUAUAUAUAUACAAUAUACAUAUAUAUAUUUAUGUAAAUAUGUAAAUUUGUCUUUCGAAAAAUCAGUUUCCAAUAUAAAUAACUGAUUAUAUUAUCUCGCCUCCCCUUCUAUAUUUGAAUUUGAAACAAAGUGUCCUGUCUUGGAGAAAAAAUUGGCCUUAAAUCUUUUUCGAAAUAAAUUUAAUUAUAAUUGUUAAUUAACAAAAAUGGCCUACGAUUUCUUGUUCAGCCUCGUGUUUCGAUAAUAAUUAAAUACAGGGUGUCUUGCAUAGAAAUUUAGAAGAAAGUCGAUCUCGUCGAGAUAAUAAUAAGCUACUUCUUGCUAGUUUAGUUUCAAUUAAAAAAAAAAAAAACCAAGUCACAAAAAUAUAACUAUUUUCCUUUACAUUCGAAAAAUUUUAUUUGAAAAAAAUUUCAAUUUUAAAAAUAUAAUUUUAUUUUAAUUUCUUUUAAAAAAAUUUAUUUAUUUGAAAAGUAUAAUUUAUUUUAAAAAAAUACUUGUACUAAAAAACCUUCGAAUCCAAAAUGUAAAUGAAAGAAGAAAAAUAGAAAUAUAUAUUGUAGUAUUAAUAAAUUUAAUAAUUUACUAUAAGAGAGGCGAAAAUGUCUAGAGAUUACAUAAAAUAAAAAAAAAAAGUAGAAAAAGAAUUAUUUUUUCAUAGAUUCAAAAUUGAUAUAAAUAUAAAUAUAUAAAAUAUAUAUUUUACUAAUAUGUGGAUCGAUUCCGAGGUCGAUGUUUGUAUGAUAAAAAUAAAAAAUGUUAUAAUGAAUCACGAGGAUGGAAAGAAAAUUAUCCAUUGUUCGAAUCAAAAAGAAAAAAAAAGUCUGAAAAAUGAAUACAAGAAAACUGAAAGGGGGAGGUCAAAGGGAAAAUGAGAGAUAAAUAUUAUAGAAUAAGUUUCCGUUUCUAUUUUCCUACCUAAAUGUUUAGAGACAUAAGUCGAUAUUAAAAUGAAGAUAGGAAAGAAGAGAAAAUAUUGUAUUUUGCCUAUUUAAGGAAAAAUUCACGACUUGCCAUAAUGCAGGGGCAAAAUAAUAAAUUGAAACCUUGCCGUUUACUCAUCAGUAAAGUACAAAUUGUAAAUUUUAAGAAGUCAACCAAAAAAAAAAUUCAAGUGAAUAAUAUUUUUCAAAAUACAUUUCUUUCUUAAAGAAACAAAAAAAAAACAAUGGUAUUUGUUUCAAUUUGUUAAAUUGGUUUUCCUGCAUAAUGUUAAAACAUUCAGAGGCGAAAAUAAAUCUCUUGAAAUUUUAUUGUUCUUCAUUGAAAUGAAUUGAUUUCUUCAUUAAAACAAUGAAAAAAAAGUCGUUUUUAAUAAUUAUAUAAAAUAAAAAAUUAAAAAAAUUUUUUUUUGCUUUAGUUUUUGAAAAUUUAUUUUUAUAUAUUUUUUAUAUGCAUUUAUUAUUUUAAAGAGUGAAAAUUUUGUUUAUUUUUUUUUUUUCGUUGUAAAAAUGAAGAAAUUUUGUCAUUAACAAUGAAACGCUAAAUGCUUCUAUAUAGAUGAAAAAAAAAAAGAAAUAGCUUUACAAAUCCGCAUAUAUUAGUCGCAUAUAUUAUAUUAGUCGCAGACUAACACGCACACUCGCACACUGAUAAAAAAAAAAAAAAAUUCGCGACGAAUAAUGAACAAGAGAAAAGAAUUGUAUUAAAUGAAUAAAAGAAAUAAAAAAAAAAUAGAAAAAAGAGUGUGACAGAAAAGUGAGUGAGAGAUAAAAGUCAGGAAUAAACAAAAAAAAAAAAAAAAACAACAAACAAACAAACGCAGGCGUACACAAGAUCACACUUGUUUAUUUCUGUCAUCUAAAUACUUGGCCAACAAUAAAAUGCAUAUUAGA